ACUUACACGCCUGGUGUAACAGAUGGUACCAAGUUUCUAGCAGUUGGAAAGAUUGGAGUCAGGGCCCACAAUGCAGCAACUGGAGAUUCCCUGCGCAGUCUGCCAGCUCACAAGGGAGACACUAGGUGUUUGGCCUGCGCCCCAGAUGGAACAGCAUUCGCCACUGGCGGGGGGGAUAGUCGAGUCAACAUCUGGACGCCUGAAGGCGAGAUUGCACACACGUACAGUCAUAGGGAAGCAGUGACUUGCCUAGCAUAUGACCGGACCACCUCACACCUGGCCAGCGCAUCAGGCUCUGACCUGGCUAUCUGGUCCCCCAUCACCAAAUCUGCCACCAAGCACAAGGUGAAAGCACGUGUCUUAUUCUUGGCUUGGAGUUGGUCUGGCAGCAUCUUCGCGUUGGCGCAAGAGGGCGGCUGCAUCAGCCUGAGAGACAGCGCUGGUGCAGAGCUCAAAAGGACUGAAGUCGAGACACAGGAGCUCAUGUUGCACUGCAGGAAUAAAGAGGACAACGAAUUAGCAGUCCUUAGCAGUGACGGGUUCCUCUCCUUCCAUGACACCUCUGGCAAGGCGGCUGGUAAAAGUGUGUCACUUGGGAGACCAGCAACUGCACUGGCCUAUUUUGACUCAGGCGAGUUUAUGUGCAUUGCAUAUGCUGACGGGCGCGUGAUGCUGCACUCUCGGGAGGGCGCCCCGAUUGUCGAGGUGGCAGAACAUAACAGUCCAGCCUCCAGCCUGGCGGUCCGCACUGGGGGCACUCAUGUGGCUGUGGCCUGCCAGGAAGGGCACCUGUCAGUGCACCAGCUCACCUUCGCCACAGUGCACGGCCUGUUCCAAGACUGCUACGCAUUCAGGGAGGGCAUGACGGGGGUGGUGGUGCAGAACAUGGCGACGGGCGGCCGCGCGGCGAUACGCUGCGGCGCGCACGUGCUCAAGAUCGCGGUCUAUGAGCGGCGGCUGGCCGUGCAGCUGCGCGCGCGCGUACUCGUCUAUGGCCUGCCCGCCGACGCUGCGCCGGGGGACCUGGACAUGCAUGUGAUCGCGCGCGUGGAGCGGGCCUUCGACUGCAACCUCCUCAUGGUCGCCGCGCACCACCUCAUCCUCUGCCAGGAGAGGGAGCUGCAGCUGUGGACGUUCCAAGGGGAGUUGGAGAGGGAGUGGAGCGUGGGGGCGCCCGUGCGCUAUGUGCGGAUGGUGGGGGGUCCCGAGGGCCAUGAGAGGCUGCUGGCCGGGCUGAAGGACGGCACCGUGCUGCACAUCUCCAUCGACAGACAGGAGCCCAUGUCCCAGCUGCGCCACAGCGCCCCUGUGCGGUGUCUGGACAUGAGCGCCAGCAGCAAAAUGGUGGCCGUGGUGGAUGAGAGCUCCGAGGUGCAUGUCUAUGAGCUGGCCAGCGGGGCGCUGCUGUGGAGCGCUGAGGGUGCCACAAGUGCAGCCUGGAAUACAGAUUUCGAGGACAUGCUGUCCUAUUCUGGCAAUGGCCACCUGUGCACCAAGACUGCAGACCUUCCAAUCCAGCGACAGAAGUUCCAGGGAUUUGUGGUCGGUUUUUCGGGGUCAAAGGUGUACUGCCUGCACAGCUUGGCCAUGCAGGCUUUUGAGGUGCCCCUCUUGCCGACGCUGCAAGCCUUCCUGGACCUCGGCCACUUCGAAAAGGCCUACCAGGUGGCGUGCUUGGGUGUGACAGAAUCGGGAUGGCAGCUUUUCGCAGAGGCGGCGGUACAGGCCUUGCGCUUGGAUCAUGCGGCGGCAGCAUACGAGCGCAUGCAUGACCCACGCAAGCUGCAUGCUGUGCAGCGGCUCAACCGGCAGAUCUCCGAGGGGCUAUCUCUGCCUCUUGCUCGUGCUGCUGCGCUCUCACUCCUGGGCAAAAGCCAAGGUGACUCUCAGCAUGUCAGAGCGGUUGAAGCUCCAGAGAGGACAAUGGCAAAAUUUUCGGAUGAGAAUCUUGUUGAAGAGGCGAGGGCCACAGCACAGCCCAGGGGCUUGAAUGGCACCCGGCUGAAGCAGUCAGCCAAGCCAACCCAGAAGCAAUCAUCAAAUCAAAGAUCAGGCUUAGUACAGGACUCUGAGCAUGAGACUGCUGCAACAGCUCUCUUGAAGGCAGGUGAUAAAUUGGGUGCUGUGGAUUUAUUGGCGGAGCAUGGUCUGUGGGACCGCCUCCUGCAAGUGGCCGCCAGCCUGGACGCUGACAGUGCAGGUGACAGGUCAGCGCUCCAACGCGCAGCAGCCGCCUUCAGAAGCAGUGACCAAGCAGACACCGCCCUUGAGCUGCUCAACAAGCUUGGAGACUACAAGGCAGUUGCUGAGAUGGCAGUUGAAGAGCAGAGGUGGGAAGAGGCCCUGGUGCUUCUGAGACUCCAUCCAGAUCUCAAAGAGACUGUUCCUGCCCCGAGAGCUCGCAACCUGCUGACAACCGGCUGUCACGAGGAGGCCUAUACGCUAUACAAGGAUGCUGGGAUGCUGGAGGAAGCAGGCAGUGUACUGCAGCAGCUUUUAACAGCGGCUGUCAAAGAAGGAAGCUUCUAUGAUGCUGCCCGCCAUGCCCUUCGAGUUGGUCUGGGUGCUCUUGCCCAGGUAACCGACAAAAUCACCUCGGAAAUGUCCAAGGCACUGGAGUCAUUUCAGCGUCACUACUCCAAAGCGCAGAUCUACUGUGGCUACCAGCUGAUACACCAGGCAGCGACAGGAGCUCCACACAAUGCAGUGCCCUCUACUCUAUUCCAUGCUGCACACUUUGUUCUCACGCGCCUUCUGCAGUUGGGGACGGCGCACAUGCCGGCAGGAGUGAGCAUGGUGGCAGUCUUGCAAUGCCUGGCCAGCCAGGGUGCAGCCCUUGGCGCCCAGAAUGUUGCCGCUGCAGCACAUUCUCAGUUGCUCCAAUACUGUCUUCCUGGAGAUCAAGAGGAAGACAUAGAAGUUGCAGCUUUACUCUCGCGUUGCAAGGAGUGCCUUCUUCCCGAAGAGCUAUUGCCAGUUUGUUUCAGGUGUGGGAUAUCUGGGGACCUGCAAUUCAUGCAGGACGAGCAAUGUCUAUCCUGUGGGGCUACCUACAUACGUUCAAUGCUUACUUUUGAGUGCCUUCCACUUAUGGAGGUCUUCCUAGAGGAGGGCAUGUCAGAUGAGGAGGCGAGCAUCUCACCCUCACGUUUUUCACGUUGUCUUGUCACAAGAGCUGUCUGCAUCAUUGACAGCAUUGAUCUGACAUGCUUGCAUGCCAAUCACAGGCGGCACAUGUCCUUCGGCAAACACCCAGCAACAUGCCGUUGGGACAAAAAGCAUUGCAGAGAGACGGAGAGGACACUGAAUUCCAUCCUGUCGAGGUAA